AUGGCACCCUCAUCGGUUGACCAAACAACCCAAUCGCAGCCUGCUCUUACUACAUCCGAGAAGAUCAAAGGUCUUUACCCAAAGGAGGUGUACGAGAACUGGUUCAAGUGCUACGGCAAUCCGGAUGCCCACCGCCAAGAAGAACUCUCACAUCAAACACAUCUUCUCACACUCACCGAGCAAGACAUGGCAACAAUCAAGUCCAUAACGAAGGAGACCGGACGCACUAUGAUGAAGUCAGAUGCCCAACAUCAGAAGAUGGAAGAAUAUUGGACCAAGACCCAGGAGCUCGCAAACGAAUCUGGAUUUGAUGGAGCAGAGCAUGUGCGAGGAGUUUAUCGGCUUUAUCAGGCCGCGGUCAAUGAUCACCGCUACAAGUCGUCAAGUUAUUUUUCAAGUGUUCGAGCUCUGCGACGUACACAAAAGGAGCUUGAUCGAUACAAGCAAAAGAUCGACGAGAUCAACGAGGGGAGAAGACAACUGAAGGUUUUCGGAAAGCACUACCUGGGUCGUGACGAUUGA